AUGAUUUUCCCAGUCAGCUCUGACUCUGCCCAGGCUUCCAGCUCUGAUCCUGUCGCCAAUCCUCCAGCUCAAACCCCUGAACCAGCUCGCUAUCAGGUCUUUCAUAUUCAGCACUCCCCUGGCACCCACAAGAUCUUCAUUCCAACAAGCUCUCCGCGACCCGCAGGCUAUCUCUAUCAUGUUCUGGAAUCUUCAAACACGGAACAUACGCAGCCUACCAUGACUCUGGUCUCGGAUAUCGUCGAGACUCUAGGUCAGGUCGGCACCAUUCAUGACAGCAGAUGUGUCGGCUCCAUUGCGUCCCAAGAGCUCGACAAUGCGUGCGCUAUGAUCAAGAGUCACCCAAGACCCUUCGAUCCUUACGAGCCUGCCAACGCUCCUGGUAGACCGGGCCGCUGUGAGCUUUGGGUCCUCUCGAGCCUCCCUCCCGAGCCCAUCAACCUCCAAGACACCAUCACACAUCUCACUGCACUCACCAACGACUCUACUCGUAUCAUCCCUACCGACGAAGGAGCCGCCCGGCUGUAG